AAGGUAAUGUGAUGAUAUUUGGUUUCUUUUUCUCUACAGCGAAAAUAGAAAUGCAUUAGGAGACAGAGAGAGCGCUGAGCGCAUAUUAUUCAGAAUUCUAAUAAUGGUGUUAAUAUGUGAUGCAUCUCACUACUAAUUAGUGCUUGACUUGUUUUACAUAGGACUGGAAUUUGGAGGAUAUAUAGCCCAGUCCAUUUCUGCUGUUUGAUAUCUGAGGGUAACAACUACUUGGCAUUUUUGGAGUCUAAUACAAAACGUUUUGAAAUAUUCUGGCUAAGCCUCCACUUUAUAAUUCUGUGCGUUGUUUCUGAAAGGCUCUUGUGCUGUUGGGGUGUGAAUAGAUUUGUGCAUUUGUCAAUACAAUAAGAAUGUUAAGUCUAUCAGGCAGGAUUUCAACUAUGUACAGAUAAAUAGAAUGCAUGCCUACAAUAGCAACGCUCUGAUGUAGCUCCAAAGCCCGUCUCUGUAUAUAAUAAACCUGUUAGAUGCUGCAAUAUAGCAAACACGAGCAGGAGGGGGAAUAAAGCAUGGAUCAGCUGUUGUAUAAAGACUAUGUUGCUGGCAGACAAAAAUACCUUUUAUUGGUGAGAAAAUGUCAUGGGGAGAAUAUUACAGCCCCUGGAGCAAAGGCUGUCAGAUGAAUAAAGGAGAUAUGGUAGCCAGCACUUAGGAGGCUGAGUAAUAUUAGGUAUUAAAUUGCUAGCAGAUACUAUCUGGCCAUGUACCAGUUAAAUAACCCAAAAUAAUAAAUGCAGUGACAGAGCCUGUGAUUAUUUCGAGACACAAUGACAGGCGAGUAUAAUAAGAGUUGUGCAAAUAACAGUUUGUGGCUAUGUGUAAUGUGAACGGUAAAAAUACAGACACUUGUUUAAUAUCCAUGUAAUUGUGCAUCUUCAUUUUAUCUGAGCAAUGUACGUGUUUCGUUAUGUUACACCGCUUGUGUUUUCUAUGAAAAGUCACUUGGGUGCCCAAUGAUCUCUUCCCACUGCACAAGGAGUGGAACUGCUGAUUGCCACUGCCACAAAUGGACUUUCUCCUCGUACAUUUCAAUAUGUACCGACAGCAAUGCUUUUUCAUAUUGCAACUGAUUAUUUCCCAGCAUAGCUAUUUAUUACAAGCAGUAGAAAGGGCCGGUGUGUUGGCAGAGAGAAUGUACAAUAGUGAAUGUAUUAUAGAAAUUGUUUUUACAUGGAACAAAGACAAUGAGGGUCAUGUGUGAUUUGGAAAUUGCAUCUGUCAACAGUCACGUUUACAAAGAAAUUAUAUGUUGUUUAAUAACAGCUGGCCCGUGACACAAGCACUUUUCGAAAUGUAAGGGCAUUUGCCUCCACAGUUAGCAGGAAUUUAUUGACAAGAGCAAAUGCGGACAGUAGGGACAUUCCAAGUUGUUUUAGUGCACAAUUCUCAUGGAAACCUUGCCCAGCUCUCCUUCCACCCAGAAAAAAUGGGGAGCCGCAGCUUUUUUUACAGUUGAAAUCCAACUCUGCAGUUUUGUUUAAUGAACGACACGUUUAUGAACAAUCGAAUGAUCCUCGUAAAUGUUUUAUUGAAGAACAUAAAAACAUCCAGCCCUCAGCAGACGAAUACAGACAUUCAUUGAGAGAUGGGAGUAGCUUAGCACUUUAAUUCUGUGUAAAUGUCUCUCCUUGUUUUCUGUUGCCCCCUUUUAAACUUGAGUGGCUCGCUGCUCACUACCUGCUGGCUAGCUAAAGGACAGAAAAGGCUAAGGCAAAGGCAGGCAGCACAGAGAAGAAGGGAAUGAAAAAAAAAAUCUAUUUUUCUUUUAAUUUUAAGGGACUGUGAGUGUCAUAAAUAGCAAUAUGCUGCUCCUGUCUUAGUUAUUAUAAAAACGAAAUCUAGGAAUCAUAAUAUACUUGUAAUGAAAAGCUAUGUCUCCCUCUGCACUAUAUAUAUCCAUGCUUGGAAACUAGUGGCAGCAAUAGAAGAAGAGACAGAGAUGGAUUGCGUCAAGAAAUAGUCCCCUUCUCACAUUCUUACUUCCCUUUCAUUCACGUUCUUUCCCAUGAUUUCCCCACCUUCUCCUUAAAAGUAAGAAAGUCAUGGGUGCACAGUCAGACCCUAAAGGGACCCUGAUUUGGUGUGCGCCUCAUUUAAUCAGUUUUUUUUAUUAAAACCAGACCGCUCAGCUUUCCUUAAGGAGAAAGAGGGGAAAGGACCUGCGCAUUGAUCUACAGUGUAUUUUUUUUUUUUGGGUAAAUACAAUCACGUGGGACGCGAGAGCCAAUGACAAGCGUGAAAGGCUGAAAAAAUAAUUACCUGCCCUGAUUGUUCUAUGAGCAGAUAAAAAGUACACAUACAGUUCAUACAAUAAUCUUAUGAAUGUAAAAGAAGGGGGAACAAUGUCUGCGUCUGGUCCCAUCAGCAACUAUUAUGUGGACUCUCUGAUCAGCCAUGAGAGUGAAGACCUCUUGGCUUCCAGGUUCCCCAGCACUGGAGCUCACCCAGCUACUGCCAGACCUUCAGGAUUAGUCCCGGACUGUGGAGAUUUUCCUUCCUGCAGUUUUGCCCCGAAACCUGCAGUUUUUACCACCUCCUGGGGUCCUGUGCACUCCCAGUCUUCAGUGGUCUACCACCCAUACAGCCACCACCAGGCGCACUUGGGAACAGACGCAAGAUAUAUGCGCACUUGGCUGGAGCCCAUCUCAGGGACCGUCUCUUUUCCAGGCUUUGCAGCCAGCAGCAGGCACUACGGGCUCAAGCCUGACGCAUUUCCCACCAGGAGAGAGUGUGGCCCCAGUGAUGGGCGCAGCUACCCGGAUUAUAUAUACGGAUCCCCCGGAGACCUCAGAGACAGGCCACCUCUGCACACCAUUCCCUCCCCGGAGGCUGAGGCCAUCCUUUCCAGCAAACACAAAGAGGACAAGUCGGAAUUGGACCCGAAUAACCCUGUAGCGAAUUGGAUCCAUGCUCGCUCUACGAGAAAGAAACGUUGCCCAUAUACAAAGUAUCAGACUUUGGAACUCGAAAAGGAGUUUUUAUUUAACAUGUAUCUAACCAGGGACCGGCGCUAUGAAGUAGCCCGGGUGCUAAAUCUCACUGAGCGCCAAGUUAAAAUCUGGUUUCAGAACAGAAGGAUGAAAAUGAAGAAGAUGAACAAGGAGAAACCCGACAAGGAGCAGCCCUAGAGACUAACACAAAUACUAAUAUGUAUAACCUCAAUAUGACAAAUAUGUGAAGAAAACAUUUUUUUUUUUUUGGGCUCAAUACAUAGCUAAAAAAAAGAGACAAAAUAAAAAAAAAACUUUUCUGACUAUGAAUGUGGAGAUCAGUGUUUAGAAUAGAUAAACACAGGCGCAUUUUUUUUUUGGAAGCACAGGCUUUUAUAAAAUGCAAUUAAAAUGUUUCCUUCCCUGUCUUUAAAACCAAGAAAGUACUUGAAUAUUUUUUUUUUUUUUUAGAAUUUUAUUUUGUAACUUAUACUUAUCCAGUGUUAAUUUUUAUUUCAAGAGUUUUGUCAGUGCAUAUUUUGUAUAAAACAAAUCCAAUAUGUUUUGUUAUUAGUCUCUGGAAGUGGAUUGUACAUAUUUGUGUAUUUUAUUCUUGUCGCCAGAAAUCUUCUGUAUUGUUAUGUUAUGCUUGUAGAACAGCUCUCUGUAAAUAUAGACAAGAACACUA